AUGAUGUUGCCCUUUACCGAAACCCAGUCCAAAAACCCAGAGACAGAGAAGAGCAAUGCCUCAAAGUUGACUCCCCGAUACCAAAAAAGAGUUCAAAACGGAUGGGUCGUGAUUCUUACAGACUGCAUCUCAUCCCUCCUUCGCAUUACUCUGGUUCGAUGUCGGUGGCAUGUCAGGAGUGGAGGGCUUGGCGUCAGACCGACCAACCUUGUCCUGGAGCCUUACUGCAGGAACCCUCGUGAAAGGGGAAUUGAGUUUGGGUCGUCGCCCGCGUCGCCAUUUAAGCGUCGGGCGCGCUCCGUCUUCUCCUUCCACUCCGGAGUUCCCGCUCGGUAUCCAUGA